AUGUUCGUAUUAAAUGUGCACCCAAGAUUUUUCUCGAGAAAAAAAGAUGGACCAUCUGAUAAUCCUAAAAGAGCAAAAACUCCUGAUCCAGUUAGGAAUAUAGAUAGAUCACACAAUACUCUAAGAACUAAUACAUUAAAUGAAAGAGUAACUCCUCAAAUAAGAGUUUCACAAGUAAGAGUUGAAAUUCACUAAUUAAACUUAAUAUAACCAGAUUGUUUAAUUCCUUUUUUUUUUCAAAGAUGGAUUUAAAAUUAGUUCCACCAGCCAUACCAGAUAGACCAGGGGGCCCAAAAGCAAUGUCAUUUACACCUACUACUGCUGCGGGUAUUGAAUUCGUGGGAAAUGAGAUUUUUGAUUUGGAAUGUUUGAAACUAAUAAAUGAGUAUUAUUAUGGGGUGAGAAUAUUCCCAGGUCAAGAUCCAACACACGUUUACGUAGGAUGGGUUACUACUCAAUAUCAUCUUCAUAGUAAAGAUUUCACACAAGACCAUGUUAGAAGAAGUACUGUUACAAUAGUUGACGAACACAAUAGAAUUUUGGAAAGGUAAAUAAUUGUAGUUUAAACUAUUGUGCUAAAUUAUCUAUAAAAAAUAUUUCUUAAAGUAUUGACAGACAAAGCUGUUAUAUGGUUCGAUCUGAUGAAUUAUAUAAUGAAGUAACCAAUGAUUCAUCUGGGAAAGGAGCUUCUCAGGGCAUGGCUAUUGGUUGUUUUAUUGAUAUAGCUACUGGAAUAAUGUCAUUUACAUGCGAAGGAAAAGAAACUAGUUUUAAAUUUAAAGUAAAAUAAUUAUUACAAUAAUGAUUAAAAUGAACAUUAACUUUAACUAAAAAAAAAUAUCUUAGAUGGAACCAGACAUAAAACUUUUCCCUGCAAUAUUUGUUGAAGCAAGUAGCAAAGAAAUUUUACAAAUUGAACUGGGGAGAACUUCUACAACCCUUCCAUUAUCUGCUGCUGUAUUACAGAAUUCAGAACGUCAUGUUAUUCCUCAGGUAUUUUAAGUUUCCCAAUAAAUAUUUUUGGGUUCGUUGUAGAUUAUUAAAAUAUAACAUACCUUUUUAGUUCCCACCUAGAUUAAAAGUCCAGUGUUUAAGACCUUAUCAAUGGGCUAGAGUUCCAAAUGAUUCUUUACACAUUCAUACACUGAAAUUGUCUGAUAUAAGAGGAUGGAGUAUUCUUUGUGAAGAUCCAGUUUCAAUGAUUGCUCUACACAUUCCAGAAGAAGACCGAUGUAUAGAUAUUUUAGAAUUGAUUGAAAUGGAAAAACUGCUAUCGUAUGUUCUUAAUUUAAUAAAUUGAUAUUCAAGCAUUUAUUAACCCAAAUUCAUUUUCUAGUUUUCAUGCUCAUACAUUAACUUUGUACGCUGCCGUUUGUUAUCAAGCCAAUUAUAGAGCAGCUCAUAUAUUAUGCACUCAUGUAAAUCAAAAACAGUUGUUAUAUGCCAUAUGUUCGGAAUAUAUGUCUGGUCCUUUACGUCAAGGAUUUUAUGAUCUCCUAAUAGCUUUACAUUUGGAAUCUCAUGCCACAACAAUGUAAUUAAAUUGUUUAUUGUCGUAGAAAAUUACUACUUCCAAAACUGUAAAAAUAAAAACUAAAUAAAUUUAAAUGUUUGUAGGGAAGUAUGUAAAAAUGAAUAUAUUAUUCCACUGGGACAAGAACUUACUGCUUUAUAUGAAGAUCCACAAAUGGGACACAGUUUGCGGUCUUUGCAAACUGAAUCUGUUCGUCCUCAAAUGAAAAUGACUGAAAUUUCGUAUGUGAAAUUGAAUCUUAAUUUACGAUUUUUGUGCCAAAUUAAUUUUAUAAUAUUUAUUUUUAGAGACGUUAUUGACAACGUUCGAAACUUAUACAGUCCCUAUUUUCCAUUACAAGUAGUUAGAGAAUAUGUUAUGGCUGCGUUAGAAGAGGCGGUGUUAGUUAAUCAGGUGCAUAAUAGAGAUCCUAUUGGUGGUUCAAAUGAAAAUUUAUUUCUGUAAGUUAAAUCCGUGUUUAAUAUAAAUUUUUUGUUUGAUUAUUAAUUUAAAAUGUUAUUAGACCACUAUUAAAAUUAGUGGAUCGUCUUUUACUUGUCGGUAUGUUACGUGAUGAGGAUGUUGAAAAACUAUUAAUAAUGAUUAAUCCUGAAACAUGGGAUCCUGAGUUUCAAAAAGGUAUUCGUUCAAAAAAUGUUUCUAGGAUUUCAUAAUCAUACAACUAUUAAUUUUAGAUGGUCCUGAUGAACAUAGAAAAGGUUUACUACAUAUGAAAAUGGCUGAAGGCGCAAAACUUCAAAUGUGUUAUUUAUUACACCAUUUAUGUGACAUUCAACUCAGGCAUAGAGUCGAGUCAAUAAUCUCAUUUAGUUUUCAAUUUGUUAAUGAUAUACAAACUGUAAGCUAAUAUUUCAAUAUACAUUUUUUUAAAUGUUCUCAAUGUAUUUUUAAUAUUUACUCAGGAUCAAUUAAGACGAUAUAAUGAAAUAAAACAAUCAGAUUUGCCAUCUGCAGUAGCUGCGAAAAAAACUAGGGAGUUCCGUUGUCCUCCACGAGAACAAGUAUAAAUUCAAGAUGAUUAUUAAUUCAUUUUUAUAAAUAUAUGAAUAUACAUUGAAAAUAUAUUCUAUUAUAAUACAUUAAAAUAUAUACGAUUAUUAUUUACAGAUGAACGCAAUAUUAGGUUUUAAGAAUUUGGAUAGUGUUGAUAAAGAAAAUUGUCUAAUUGGUGAUGAACUUCGGGAAAGAAUGAACGAAUUUAACGAAAAACUCAUGAAACAAAUUUCUUUAGUAGCUCUUCAAGAAUCAGAAGAUGAUGUAACUAUAUGAAUUAUAUUAAAUACACUAUAUUUCAAGGCAUAUUACAUUAAAUAGAUAAUAAUAGGCCUUAAUCACAUAUAUUUUUCAAACUAUCACUAUAAUUUUUAUUUUUUUUUUUUAAAUAUAAAUAUUUCAAUCAUAAUCAGUGAUCAUUGAUUAAUAUCAUAUUCUAAUGAACAAUUCUUAAAGUAUUUUUUUAUUCAUAGAAAUGUAAUCUAUCAAUGCUUAAACUGAGCUUAACUCUUUUAAAAAUGACGAAAAAUCAUAUUCGUAAUUGAAUUACGAAUGUUUAUUAAAUAAUUAUCUAGUUAUGAUUUAAUACGAGUAAUAUGAUAAAACAUUUUUAUUUACAAUUAUAACGUUAUCAUCUGCACACAAUUGAAAAGUGAAUGAAUACCUUAUACCUACUGAAUAUUCAAUCAAAGUUGUCAAAGUUUUAAGGAAACCGAUGAUUAAACAUUUAAGUCAAGCUUUUAAUUAGGGAACUAGUUACCUUCAAUUUAAAUGGCCCCUACUUUUGAUGAUCGUUUGAUUAAAUUGGUUAAUAAUUUAAUAAUCCAUUAAAGCUCUAGUGGUUCACUAAAAGUGUAUGUAACCAUACAUAAGUAUUAUUUUUGUACGAAAUAUUUUGAUAUUUACAGCAUAAAAUUAUUUUAUUAUAUUAUAGAAAUCAGACAUAAAUAACGAAAACAAACAAGGUAAAAUAAAACAGUUUUAUAACUUUAUUAAUGCCGUUAAAAAUGAAGGAAAUGAAGAUGAACUUGAUGAACAAGCAAAGAAAAUACCAGAAGGUUAGUAAAUAUAAUAAACCAAAAUAUAUGUAUUUUAUAUAUAUUUGUAUUUACCUACCUAUUUAUUUGUAAUAAAUAAUAGUUAUGGGAAAUAAUUUCUUUAUGAAUUAAAUUAAAAUAGUUUUUAUAAAAUCAAGAUCACAAAAAAAUUAGAAGCAAAGAAGCUUCUAUUGACAAUUUUUAUAGUUUUAUAACAAAAUACGUCACUUCAAUCCCAACAAAUAUAAUCAGAAUUACUGAAUAAUUAUUAGUAAUUUAAGUUAUAAAAUGUUUGUUUUUUUUUUUUUUUUUUAGAAAUAUUUAGGAAAGUUUUAAUAACAACUAUUGUGGCCUGGGCCGAGGAAACUCAAAUCGAAACACCAAAACUAGUUAGAGAAAUGUUCAGGUAUAAUUUAUUUUUAUAUUGGUUUUAAUAAAGUAAUGUACACAUCACUCGUGUAUUAUACACCUAUUACCUCAGUGGCAUAUCUGAAGGGGAGACAACUGGUAUCAUAGGUACUGAAAACAUAUUUCAGGGGUGGGGUCCAAAGUUCUUUGAUUAUAUAUUAUAGGUAUAAACAUUAAAUAUUAUACACUAAUAUUUGUAUGUACUAACGCACACUAUUGGACCCACUACCUCUCAGUCACAGCCUUGGUUACCUAUAUAAUUCAAACAACAAUAUAAAAAAAAAGAUAUAGACAUACUUCAUAUGAUGGGUAGACCACUGCUAUAAAAGAGAGGUUGAAAAUGUAGGAUACGAAUAAAAAUAAAACUAUUAAUCUUUGUGUACGAAAAUUGAUUCUGAGCGGAAUUAAGUUAUAUAUGUUUUGAAAAGCCGUAAUAUUUAUGACUUUCGCCGAAAUUUAAUACUAAAGUUCUUAUAAAAUAAUUUUUCUAUGUUACACUUACUUUUUUUUUCACAUAGUGCAUAUAAACUUUCUGUUAAAUUUUUUAAUACUCUGGUUGGUCUAAUAAUUGUCUCCACAGAGUACCUAUCGAAUAAAAAUUAUGUAAAAAACUCGCAAAAUUAAAAUGUUAAAAAUAGCUCAAAAAUCGUUAAAAUGUUUUGAUCAUGUUACCACCUUUAGAAAAGGCAAAUAUUAGUAUUCUGUCAAAAAUUAAAGUCUUUCAAAAAAUGUUUAACUGAAUUCCAACAAAAAAUAAAACUAAAAAAUAAUACAUUUUGUAAAUCUUCUCUUUUUUCCUACGUUUUUCCUUGUCUUUCCUAAUUAUUAUGAAAGCCGUUUAGCAAGUCAAAAAAUUACUUUUUUUAAGUACCACCCAGAUAAAAUUUUCUUUCGGAACAGAUGUUACAUUUAAAUACCAAUGUAAGAUUUCUGAUACCAAAAUUGUUUACAGAUUAAAAAAAUUUAAUUAAUACAUUAUUUGCUCCACUUAGAAUCUAAAAAGUCCAAGGGACAAAAAUCCCUCCUUCAUAUACACUACUCUAUUACCUACACUAUUUAAAUUUGUGAACUCAUAUUUAUUUAUUUUAUUUUGUAGUUUAUUAGUUAGACAAUAUGAUAGCGUUGGAGAACUAAUUCGUGCUUUAGAGAAAACAUAUGUUAUUAAUUUUAAAACAAAAGAAGACGUUGCUCAAAUGUGGGUUGGUCUUAGUCAAAUUCGAUCAUUGUUGCCUGUACAAAUGUCCCAAGAAGAAGAAGAGCUAAUGCGAGAAAGAUUAUGGUUUGAAUUCUUUUUAAUAUAUUACUUAUUAUUACAUAACUAAAAACUACUCAUAUAAUGUUUUGAUGAAAAUUAAUCAUUUAAAGAAGAAUUGUUAUCUUUAUAAUGUCUUGAAUUUUUAAUCGUAAAAUAAAACAAAAUUAUAGCAUGUAUCGAAAUAAAAAUAUGUGUAUUUAGGAAAUUGGUUAACAAUCAUACCUUUUUCCAACAUCCGGAUCUAAUUAGAGUUCUACGCAUGCACGAGAAUGUAAUGGCUGUUAUGAUGAAUACAUUGGGACGAAGAGCUCAAGCACAAUCUCAACCAAGCGGUGGAACAACAGUAACAGGCCAGGAUGGUGAAAUAGUUCCAAAAGAAAAAGUAAUUUUUAAAGAACUUACUUUAUUUAUUUUAGUAAAGUAUUUAGUGCAAGAAACUAAAAAUAUGAUAAAUAUUAAAUUGUAUAAAUUAGGAUACAUCACAUGAAAUGGUCGUGGCUUGUUGUCGGUUCUUAUGUUAUUUUUGCCGUACAUCGAGGCAAAAUCAGAAAGCUAUGUUUGAUCAUUUCUCAUUUUUAUUAGAGAAUAGUAACAUUUUACUUUCAAGACCAUCAUUAAGAGGAAGUACACCAUUGGAUGUUGCCUAUUCUUCUUUAAUGGAAAAUACUGAGCUUGCUUUAGCGUUAAGGUAUUAACAGAAUAUGUAUAUUUUUAAUAUUUAAAGAUUAUUAGAAUUUAGAAUACGAGUAUAAUAAUUGAAUUUCUACAAUUCUAAAACUUAUUUAACUGAAACUAUUUUUUAGAGAGCAUUAUUUAGAAAAAAUUGCAAUUUAUUUGUCUCGUUGUGGUUUACAAUCCAAUUCUGAAUUAAUUGAAAAGGGUUACCCUGAUCUAGGAUGGGAUCCAGUAGAAGGCGAAAGAUAUUUAGAUUUUUUACGAUUUUGCGUUUGGGUUAAUGGUUAGUAUUUAGUUAUAAAUUAAUUUUAAUACUAUAUCAUAAUAUUUUGUAUAAUAAUAAUUGUCUAACAGGUGAAAGCGUAGAGGAAAAUGCCAAUUUAGUUAUUCGAUUACUUAUACGUCGACCAGAAUGUUUGGGACCUGCAUUAAGAGGAGAAGGAGAAGGGCUUCUGCGUGCCAUAAUUGACGCUAACAAAGUACAAUAGAAUCAGAUGCAUGAAGUUAUCAUUUGUAUAAUUAAACUAAAAUUGUUAAUAAAUUAUUUUAGAUGUCUGAGAGAAUAGCGGAACGGAAAAAGUACAUAGAUGAAUCAGGAAAUCAAGAGAAUAUUCAACUAGAUCAUCCACUUCCCGAAUCCGACGAAGAUGAAGAUUAUAUUGAUACGGGAGCUGCUAUUUUAAACUUUUAUUGUACCCUGGUAGACUUAUUAGGAAGAUGUGCACCAGAUAGUUCAGUAAUUUCAUUGGUAAGAUAAAAUACUUUAUGGUAUAUUUUCUUAUUUAAUUUAAAUUUGUUCAGUUCAAAUAAACCGUUAUAUGACAUAAAUACUCUAUGUGAUUUAUGUAUAUAAUACUAUUUUAGAUGAAUUCAAUAUCAAUUUUUUUAUUUGUAAAGGGUAAAAAUGAAUCUUUACGUGCUAGAGCUAUUCUCCGUUCGUUGGUACCCCUUGAAGAUCUACAUGGGGUUCUUAGUCUCAGAUUUACACUGCAGAAUCCAGCUGCUGGUCAAGAUCGUCCCAAGAGUGAUAUGCCCUCCGGAUUAAUACCGGGACACAAACAAAGUAUAGUACUGUUCUUGGAAAGAGUAUAUGGUAUCGAAACACAGGAGUUAUUUUUCACAUUGCUCGAGGAAGCAUUUUUACCAGAUCUACGUACUGCAACAAUGCUAGAUAGAGUAUUUAUUAGUAAAAUAUAAUUAUAUUAUAUACUUACAGAAAUUUUAUUAUUUAGAAUGACGGACUUGAAUCAGACAUGGCAUUGGCUAUGAACAGAUACAUAGGAAAUUCAGUAUUACCAUUACUUAUUGGUCAUUCAAAGUUCUAUAGUGAGUCUGAUAACUAUGCUAAUUUAUUGGAUGCCACUCUACAUACAGUAUAUAGAUUAUCUAAAAAUAGAAUGUUAACAAAAGGACAGCGAGAAGCUGUUUCAGAUUUUUUAGUAGCUUUAACUAGGUAAGUAGACCAUAUAUAAUAUUUUUAUUGAGUGUCAUUAUAAUUGUUAUUAACUAUUAAUUAAUACUAAUAAUUAAUCAUGGAUCAAUUUUGAUUAAUUUUAGUCAAAUGCAACCAAGUAUGUUAUUAAAAUUACUCAGAAAACUUACGGUUGAUGUUUCAAACUUAUCGGAGUAUACAACUGUAGCACUUCGAGUAUGUACAUUUUAUUAUUUGAUUUAAAUGUGUGUAUAUGUACAUUUAUGUAUUUUAUCAUUAUAUCGAAUAUCUAUGUUAGAAUGUAAAUUAAUAGUUGAAAUGUCUUGAACAAAUAUUAGGGAAAGUAAAAAUGUAAUACAAAUUUGGAAUCAAGGGUUUUACGAGUAUAAAAAAUUGAGCCAUACAAACCUGAAAUGUAAAACUUUUGAAUUUCAAAUUUCAAUGAAAUUAAUGAAGCGUUAGCGAGGUUUAAGUUUACAUUUAAGAUAUUAUUAUCUUCGCGGUAAUAUCAUAUUUGUAUUUAGAUUAGAUAAAUGGUUAUUCCCCUCUUUUUAUGCAGAAAACUAUACACGAGUUGGCGAGGAAAUCCGGUAGUCAUCACUCUUAAAAAUUAUUCAUUUUUGGCUGUGUUUUUGCAUGGUUAUGUUGCUAAACUCCGAAAUGAUGUGUAAAUUUCACUUUCAAUUUCUUUGAAACUGGUAUUUAAUUUUGAAUAAAAACUUACGCAACUUAUUUGUGGUCGCUGUAAAUUCAACAAAAAUAUUAGAAGGAAAUAAUGUACCUUAACUUAACGUAUGUUUCUAGGAUAAAAACAUUAAAUUUAUCUACAGCUGUAUUAACUGGUUUGAUGGUUGAUAAAUUAUUGAUAAAACAAUCAAACACCUAUUCUGGUUUCAAAAAUGGUAAACCAAAAACACAUUUAGUAUCAGUAUCAGUAACAGUAUCAGUACUUUAUAUUCCUUCGAAAGUCCAAGUUGUUGAAUUUUUCGCACUAACUUUGUGCUAUGUGAAAUCUGCAAUCUUCAACCAUAGCUUCAGGCCAAAUUUUCAUGAUAAACGUGUAAAUUACCUCUUUAAAAUCAACUAAAAUUUCGGUAGAAUGAAAAUUCAAUUGAAAGAAAAGCAAUAUAUAUAUGAGAAAAUAUACUGGAAAGUUUUGUAUAAGAUUCUAAUAUUUUAUUGGGUUCAAGAAAAUCAAUGGUACAUACAGUCAAUUAUGAAAACCACAAAUAGUAAAAAGUUGUUAGAAGUAUUUUGGACAAUAUUUAAACUUUCUAUCUAUAUAUAUUCUUGUAACACCACACAAUUCUUUCAAGUUCGUAUAGAUAGAAAAACCUAUGAUAUUGCCCACCAAAUUAUUACAAAAUAAAAAUAGACGUCCUAGGAUAAUAGGGACGCGGACAGGUGCAGCCACUGCUAUAGGUAAUUUAAUGUAUAUCUGUAAGUAACAAUUAACCAUCGCUUAUGAUAAACGAUUCUGAGCGGAGUUCGGUUAAUAGUGAUGCUUUGUCAACAAUAUAUAUAUAUAUAUAUAUAUCGUAUUAUGGUAAAAUAAUUACAUAUGCAUUAUAUAUUUUCUUUAAUAAUAUUUAUUUAAUAUUGCACCUAUUUUCCCGUUUUGCUACGUAUUUCCCUGUUUUCCCAUGCUUUUUGGGGCUUUUUAUAUUUAUUGGGAAAAUUCUUAAGAAAAUCGAAAAAUAACUACCUUAAAGUACCUCCCCAGUCAAAUUUCCUAUCAGAAAAAGUGCUACACUUGUAGAUGCAAUAUUUGCGGUAGAAAAGUUGUUCACAGAUAAAAAAAAAAAAAAAAAAACAUAAUUUUAAAACCACAAACUUCUUCACUCUACUUAGAAUCUAAAAUGUUCAUUUCUGUUGGUAUACUUAUGUUUAUUGUUUACAAGGCAUUUUGUGUUUCUUGUGCGCUUUUAGGAAAUUUCCGAUACAGUAUUUUAAGAGUACUAAUGAUGAAUGUUGUUUUUUUAUUAAUUUUAAAACAUUCCUAUAAUAUAUCAUAGGUUUAUUAUAAUAUUUUCAAAAUAAGACCUAAUGAGCUUCAAAAGUUAUGUAGAAAUAUUUCCUACCGCUUUUCAUUCAACGGAAUUACUCAAUUUUUGCCUUGGUAUUACAUUUUUUGUGAUUAGGCUGGUUAUAUUUAUCUAUCUUUUGUAAGAUGGAUGUUACUUUAAAAAAAUACACGUAUUUAGAAAAUAUAUCCAACGUUGUAUGUCAUUCAGUAGCAUUAUGUGGAAAUGAAAUUUAAAUCCAUUCUCUAAUAUCAUUCUUCCACUUGUCAAGAAAUCCAUAUUUUAAUAAUUUUACUAAAUUUGACUUAUUAUUACUACAAAACACUUCAAUUAUUACUUAUAUUGUAGUUAUAACAAAAAGGACCUGGACAUGUGCCGUUUGAUAAUUACAAGAUAACCAACAGUAAGCCUGUAGCCUCAAUGGUUAUUUUGUCAGGCAAUAACCGGUUUUAUCCUUAUCAUCAAUUAUUAUUAGUUUUAUAUCCAUGGACACAAUCAAAUAAUAUCACAGACCUGAGUUUAAUUUAAGCGAUAAUACAUCCAGGGACUUAGUAUUCGAGUAGUCCCAUUUACCACACAAUGUACCGAGUUGCUUUCACGAACCAAUUAUGGAAUCAAUUAUAACUAUGUAUUAUCUUUAAAUUACUAUCAAUCAUAAAGUUUUAAAUAGACUUAUGUUUAACCAUUAGAAUUUAUUUCAAAAAUAUUUUCACAUUGUGUCUGCAAAGUAGUAUAGGCCAUUUGAAUUUCCAAAGAUGACCCCCAAACACCCUAAAAGAUUAAAAAAUAAACAAAAAAUGUAUAAAUCACUUUAGAUGAUUAUAAACCCAAAAUAUUGGUAUUAUUAUUUAUCUCCAUUUUAAAUAUUUAUAUGAUAGAAUGGCUAUAAUAUAAAUUUUGAAUCACAUUGUAUAUGUAUUAUACAUAUUGUAUAUGAUAUAUCAUUAUGAAUUAAUAUUUAUUAUUAUUAAUUAAUUGAACCAUAUGUUAAAGCUUUUAACAUUACAUUACGAUCGGUGUGCGAAAUACUAUGGAUCAACGGGUGGUCAGGGGUUGUAUGGAGCUUCUAGUGACGAAGAAAAACGAUUAACCAUGAUGUUAUUCAGCAAUAUAUUCGAUUCUCUUUCAAAAAUGGUACACUCUAUUUAAAUAUUAUAUUAUUUUACAAGUAUAUUUUUAAUUUUUCUACUAUAACAUACGUUUGUAGGACUAUGAUCCAGAGCUGUUUGGAAAAGCAUUACCUUGCUUAUCAGCAAUCGGUUGUGCACUUCCUCCAGAUUAUUCUUUGUCGAAAAAUUAUGAUGAUGAAUGGUAUGGAUCAAAACAAAAUAUCCAAGGACCUUCAGAUGGGCCUUACAAUCCUCAACCAAUCAAUACUACUAGGUAAUUAUUUUUUAUUCUUCAUCAAAAAAAAAUAAAAAACCAUUUUAAUUUUGACAAUUAUUUAAUUUAGCAUCGUUCUUGAUAAUGACUUGAAUUCCAUUGUACAAAAAUUCUCGGAACAUUAUCACGAUGCAUGGGCAAAUCGAAAAUUAGAAAAUGGGUGGGUAUAUGGUGAGCAAUUUAACGAUGUCAAUAAAAGUCAUCCUCGUCUUAAACCAUACAUGAUGUUAAGUGAUUAUGUAAGUUUUGAUUUUUUUUUUUUAGAAUAUUAAAAUUGUAAUAAAUUAAUUCCCUUUCAUCUUAUGUUAACAAUAUAUCAGGAAAAAGAAUUAUACAAAGAACCAGUUAGAGAAUCUCUUAAAGCUUUACUUGCUAUAGGAUGGAGUAUUGAACAUUCAGAAAAUGAUGCACCACUGAACAAUAGAGGAUCAGUUCGACGACAAUCAAAAUCAAAUGUGAGUACUUUUAAGGUUUAAAUUAGUAGCUCAUAUAACAUUAUAUCUAUUUAUAGGAAAAUGUAACGCCAUUUGACUACCACCCAAAUCCUAUAGACAUGACAAAUCUAACACUUACAAGAGAAAUGCAAAAUAUGGCUGAAAGAUUAGCAGAAAACUCUCAUGAUAUUUGGGCAAAGAAGAAAAAAGAAGAACUAAUGAUAUGUGGUAAAUGUUUAAUUAUUUUAUACCAAGGAAUCCAAAGUUAUAUUAAGUUUUAAAUUCAGGAGGUGGUAUUCAUAAUCAAUUAGUGCCAUAUGAUUUGUUGACCGACAAAGAAAAAAAGAAAGACAGGGAACGUUCACAAGAAUUCUUAAAAUACUUGCAAUACCAAGGUUAUAAACUACAUAGGUAUGAGAAUUAUGUUAAAUAAAUAAGUUAUACUUUUUUUAUUAUUGUAUUAAAUAAAUAUUUAUUUGUUAUUUUUAUUUAUUUAGACCAAAUCGUAAUGGUGGACCAACAGAAGCUGAACAAUUAGCUGCUGCGUCAACGGGCGAGCUACGAUUUUCGUAUAGUUUAUUAGAAAAACUGAUUCAUUAUAUUGAUAGGGCAUCAAUCAACAUGAAACUUUUAAAACCUUCGGGUACAUUUAGUAGAAGGUCAAGUUUUAAAAUUUGUACGAGAGAUAUUAAAUUUUUCUCCAAGGUAUGUUUUAAUGGCUAUAAAUAAAUGUAUACAAUAUUAUAUGGUAUCGAUUUUAGGUUGUACUUCCAUUAGUAGAAAAAUAUUUCAGUACUCAUAGAAAUUACUUCAUAACGAUUGCAACUGCUUCAAGUGUCUUAGGUGCAGCUUCUUUAAAGGAAAAAGAAAUGGUCGCCAGGUAAAGUAUAUAUCAUUAUAUAUCAAAAUUAUUAUAUGAACAACAUUACAAUUAUGUUAUGUUUUAGUUUAUUUUGUAAAUUAGCCAAUCUUUUGAGAUCUAAAUUAAUGGCCUUUGGAGCUGAUGUCCGUAUAACUGUGCGAUGUCUACAAGUUCUCGUCAAAGCUAUUGAUGCCAAGUAUUGUUUUUAAUUUUAUCAUAAAUAAAAAUAAAUAUUAUUAAAUAUUGAAUUAUAUAUUUUUUAGGUCUCUUGUAAAAAACUGUCCAGAAUUUAUAAGAACUUCAAUGUUAACAUUUUUUCAUAAUAUAGCAGAUGAUUUAGAGCAUACAAUACAAAAUUUACAAGAUGUAUAAUUUGAAUUUUUAAAUUUGUAUAAAUAAUAUAUUAUAUUAGAUAAUUUAUUAAAAGUAUAUACACAUUUUUUUUAGAGUCGUUAUUGUUAUCUACGAGGAACCCAUUUAAAAACGUCAACAUCAUUAUUCUACGUAAAUGAUGUAAUUUUGCCAGUUCUAUCAUCACUUUUUGACCAUUUAGCUGCAUGUGAAUAUGGAAAUGAUCUAUUAUGUAAGUAAUAAACAUUAGGUACGUACAUAAUUUGGAUGGCUAAAUAUUUAUAUUUACAUUUUGAUUAAAAUAGUGGAUGAAAUUCAAGUAGCGGCUUAUAAGAUGUUGAGUAGUUUAUACACUCUUGGCAUAGAUUCGUCAUUAACCCAUGACCGGUAAUCAGCAUCAUCAUAAAAAUUAUGUAAUUUUGACUACUUACUAUUUGAUUUAAAAUAUAGAAAAUACUUAAAAGUACAAUUGGAAAGGCAUCGACCAGCAUUCGGUAGCUGCCUAGGCGCAUUUAGUUCAACAUUUCCUGUGGCUUUCUUGGAACCUCAUCUAAAUAAGCAUAAUCAAUAUUCACUACUAAAUCGAAUUGCUGAUCAUUCUUUGGAAGCUCAAGGUAAAUCACCAGGAAACCUAUUAUAACAACGUAUUUGUAAAAAAACGAAAGUUGUUUUUUUAGAUCAAUAAAAUAUCAAGCAUAAAAAAUAAAUAAAAUUGCAAAUAAAAAAAAUAUACGAGUAUAUCUAUAAAUAUUUGUUUAACCAUAUUUUUUUAAACAGAUAUAAUGUCAAGAAUGGAAGGUACCAUGCCAACUCUAGAAGCUGUAUUAAAUGAAGUUGAUCAGUUUGUUGAGUCAGAAAAAACAUAUGCUGACGCUCCUCACAUUAUCGAUGUAAUUUUACCAUUGCUAUGUUCAUAUUUACCGUAUUGGUGGGCACAAGGUCCUGAUAACGUUGCUCUAACAACAGGGUAAAUAUUACUUAACUUUAAUCUUAAAAAAACGACAGACGUGAAUUUGACGUCUCUAUCUAUUUAACGGGAAAUAUAACAAAAAUGUGUUUGUAUACUUCCAGAGGGGAGGUUGUAACCCCAUUCGCAAAAUUUGAAAUUUGUUUAAUAAUUCUACACAGUAUUACUUAUAUUCGAUAGAUCAAAUAGCGUAUUUCUUAAAAACUAGAUUUACGUACCUACAACAUUUUUGUUACGGGUUUUAGACUUAUUUAAAACGCGUAAAAAAAAAUCAAUAAAUAUUACGAAGAUUAUUUUUUUCUCCUAAAAAAAUUUUUUUGUCAGUCAAAAUACUCAAUUUUUUCAUUAUUUUCUUAGUAGAUUAAAAGAUGUGAAUUUUUCAUCAUACGGUACUUUGAAAGAUUUGUCUGGGUUCCUAAUAGAUUAUUUGAAUAAUUGAAAACAAAUGAUGAUUCAUUGGUUUUAUUUUGUUGAAUUUUGAGUUGUCUUGACCACACGAAACAAAAACACGACCAAUACUUAACCAGAUUAGUGAACUCCACUUGAAAUCAUUUUUUUAAUUAUAAUGAAUUAUCGUUGCUUUUAGUAGGUAUACGAGUGUAAACUAAAUUACAUAUUUCCUGUACUUUUGAAACUACCAAACUAUAAUUGUUUAUCCGUGGUGUGAAGUAUUUUAAGAGUGUUUUUAUAUUAUUAUUUAAUUAGGUAAUAAAAGUAUAUUUAAAAAUUGUAUAUCAGCCAUAACUAUUUACGCUUUCCGUUUUCUAUCAGAAAUAUUGCUGCAAUAGAAAAACAAGACAUUUUUUUUUGUUAAAUUUUUAAUUUGAUUAGUGUUCAAGAAUAUCGUUUUUUAGAUUUUCUUUGUAAUUUUCCUAAUAAUUAAGCAAAACCGAAAAAGACAAAAAAGUUUACAAAAAUAGUGUUAUUAUUAUUUUUAAUUUUAUUCUUUGGUUGUAAUUAAGCUGAAAAUAUUCGUAUAAACUUGAUUUUGAUAGAAAAAGUAUAUAUUUCUUUUCUAGAAAAUAUGGAUUAAUUUUUAAAAUAUUUGAUUUAUGUUUAGCUAUUUAUAGACAUGUUAGCUAAUAGUUUUUACUGGGUAAUUACUUUAAGUAUAUCAUUGUUUGACUUAACAGAAAUACUUGAAAAUUUGUCAGGAGGUUCAUUAUAAGUCAUACUUAGAAGACAAAAAAAAUGUUGGGAUUUUUUUUUAAAUUUUAAAAUCAAAUUUUGACAAAAUGCGUAAACAAUGUACCUUAAACGUAAACAUAUGACCUAUCAAAAAAAGUAGAACCGAACUUCGUUCCACAUUGUUUUUCGUUAGUAAUUGUUUAUCGUUGAUUACAGAUAUAAAUUCAAUAACUUUAUGUUUCCCAUCUUCCCGGCUAUCCAUCUAUCACAGUAGCCGUACAUAUUUCCAGUAUUAGUUUUUUUUUUUUUUAACUGUUUUUUAGACAAUAAAAAAAAAAAAUCAUGAUUAUUAUUAUACUAUAUUAAAACUCUACUGAGAAUCCUUUUUCGUUUUUAAUGUUUAUCUCCCCAUCUUCCUCUCGAAAAUAAAUCAUGGUUGUAUCAUUGAUUGUAUGUUGUAUAAACUUGAUUUAAAAGCCAAAAUAACCUUGAAAAGUUUUAAUAAAUGUCUGUUGAACAGUUUUUUGAAAUUCUAAUCUACCGAUUUUGUAUGAUUUUAUCAAAAUAUUUUUAAAUGAAAUAGAUUAGGUUUAAACCAAACAUUAAAAAAAAACUGUUAAACGUGUAAUUCAACUCAUAAUGUUUAUUUUGGCAACAAAAUCAAGUUUAUACAACCAACGAAGCUAAAGUACUAUUGUAUGUUAAAAAAAACCAAUUAUUGUCAUAUUAUUUCCCCUUAUUGCCCAUUAUUAACCAUUAAUAUAGACGAAAAUUAAUGCAUUUCGGUCGUCCACUUAAUUUAAACUAUGUUAUUAUUAAAAUUUAAAUCACAAUAUAAAAAUAUAAAAAGGUUCCGUAUAAAUACAUAAAUAAUACAUAAAGAUAUAAAUAUAUAAGGUAUAUCCGUUUCAUGAAAGUAAGAAACCAUUUUGUGUAUGUGGGAUAAGGUAUAAAUUGUAAUGAACAAAUUUUACCCCCUUAUAAUUUUUACCUCAAGGACAAAAAAUCGCGACGUAAUUUCUGUCAUUUAAGGUAAAAUUUAUCAACGGAAACUAGCAAUUGUUACCUUCUUAUACUCAACAUUUUAUUUUAAGAUAAUAAACGAGUAUUUGUACAGUAAUUUACAGAAACCAAUGUCGUAUUAAUUACCCGUCUAUGAAGAUGUCGGUUACAUUUAUUGCACAUGUAUUACCUUGACAAGAAUUACCACCAUCCAAUAAUAAAUUGAUCUAUCGAUUUUUAAUUAAUUAUGACUAGGACUGAGUGCUGAGGACUUUUAGUACUUAAAAACUUCAAAAGAUGUAUGUACUUAAACACUUAAACAUCAAAAACUAUGAACUUAAAAUAUGCUCUAAAAAGAUAGUAUAUAAUAUAUGGUAUUUUCAUUAUAUUAUAAUUUAUAAUAUUCAUAAGAAAAAAGACGUCCUAGGAUAAUGGGGGCGGGUGCAGUCACUGUGACAGGUAAUUUAAUGUAUAUUUAUUAGCAACGAUUAACCAUUAAUAAUGAAAAAACAAUUCUAAGUGGAGUUCAGUUGAUAGUGAUGCUUUGCAACAGUAUCUAUAUCAUAUUAUUGUAAAAUAAUUAAAUAUGCAUUAUAUAUUAUCUUUAAUAAUAUUUGUUUAAUGUACCGAUUUUCCCAUUUUCCCAUGUUUUUUCUGAUUUUUGACAUUUGCUGGGAAAAUUCUUGAGAAAAUCGAAAAAUGAUCUUCCUAAAUUACCUCCCCAAUAAAAUUUUUUUUUUAGAAAAAUUGCUAUCAUUCUAACUGUUUGUAGAAAAGUUGUCAAUAAGAAAAAAAAACGAUGUACAACCAUAAGCUUCUUCGCUCUACUUAGAACCUAAAAAAAUCUAAAAAUAAUAUUUCAAUUAAUUAAUAAAUUCUUUAAAAAUUAAAUAACUGAAAUUCAUAUACUAGUUUUAUGCACGCGUCGCAGAGUUAUUUGCCAGAUCAUGAAUUAUCUAAUUAAUGAUGGUAUUAAUAUUAUGUUAUGAUGGUACACAUUUAGAAAAAUUGUUUGUAUAAAAAUAAUAUUUUUACAGCCCGUUAUAUGUUAAAGCAUUAUAUCAAUUAUCAAAAUGUUUCAGAUGUGUACCUGUAUACUCUUAAUUUGUCUAAUAUACCUAAUUUUCAAAUAUGCAUUUAUAUGCAAUAUCAACAAAAUAUACAAACAUAGGCAAAAUAAAAUUUUAAAUACAACCUCCUUGUGUUAAAAAACAUAUUUAUACAUCACUCACAUUGUUCUGCGACCUUUCUAGAUAAAUAUGAAAAAGCUAUAAGUCCUUAGCCCUAAUUAUGACUUUUUUAUUACAGCUUUUGUUAUUAAAUAAUCACACCCCAUAUUUAUUAUAGUAACAGAUAUAGAGUAUCUUUUUAAAUGUAUUUAACCUAUUAACAUUUAACUAAUUUAUUUAUUUCAGAAAUCAUGUCACAAUGGUAACUAGUGAACACAUGAACUGCCUAUUAAAAAAUGUAUUGAAACUAAUAAAAAAAAAUAUAGGAAAUGACAACGCACCAUGGAUGACACAAAUUGCUGGUUAGCGGAUUUACUUGAUAAUUAAAUAUUUUUAUUUUUAUUUGAAUAAAAAAUGUACAACAAUUUGGUUUUAAUAAACUUACAGCUUAUACACAACAAAUCAUUAUUAACUCUUCAGAGGAAUUAUUAAAAGAUCCAUUCUUACCACUUGCCGAGCGAGUUAAAAAACGUACAGAAUCAUUGUAUCAUAAAGAAGAAUCAUUAAGAGGAUUUAUAAAAUCAUCAACCGACGAUACUUCACAAGUAUAGUGCUACCUAUUAUAACUAUACCUUUAUAAUUAUAAAUAUAUUAAUUAUUUUUUUAAACUGAUCAAAUUAAUCUCCUAACUAUAAAUUUAAAUGGGAUUUUUGUUUGUAGAUUGAAGCACAAAUACAAGAAGAUUGGCAAUUAGUUGUCAGGGAUAUUUAUGCUUUCUAUCCUUUGCUUAUAAAGUAUGUUGACCUUCAACGUAACCACUGGCUACGCAAUAAUAUUUCAAAUGCUGAAGAUUUAUAUAACCAUGUAUCUGAAAUAUUUAACAUUUGGUCUAAAUCACAAUACUUUCUACGAGAAGAACAGAAUUUUGUUUCUGCAAAUGAAAUUGACAAUAUGAUUCUUAUUAUGCCAACCGCGUCACGGAGAUCAGCUGUUAUAUCAGAAACAUCAUUAGGAGGGCCAACGGGAAAGGUAUAAUUGAAAAUUUUACUUUCAUUCAAAUUCAUAAACAUAAUAUACUAUUUAAUUUAUAGAAAAAGAAAAAAAAUAGGGAUAAAAAACGAGAUAAAGAAAAGGAAAUCCAAGCAUCAUUAAUGGUUGCUUGUCUUAAAAGAUUAUUGCCAGUUGGUUUGAAUUUGUUUGCAGGGAGAGAACAAGAAUUAGUUCAACACUGCAAAGAUAGAUUUUUAAAAGUAUAAACACUAUAUUAAAUAUUUACAAAUUAAUAUACUAGUAUCUGUGAUUGAUUUAUUGAUCAUUUUUUUUUAGAAAAUGCCAGAUUAUGAUGUUAUCCAAUUUGUCAAAAUUCAGUUGACAUUACCUGAUAAACUUGACCCAGCUGACGAAAUGUCUUGGCAACACUAUUUAUACUCAAAAUUAGGAAGCAAAAAAGGAAAUACAGAAAUUAAACCUCAACAAGUUGACGAAGUUGCAGACAGGAUUGUCGCUAUGGCAAAAGUUCUUUAUGGAUUGCAUAUGGUAAAUAGCAUAAUUCAUACCAUUAGGUGUAAAAUAACAUAAGUCAUAAGUGCAAACAAACUGUAUCUUUGCCUAGCAGAAUAUAAAUGAUUUAUAUUAUAUAGAUAUGAAAUAAUUAAUUUAAAAAUAAUUUAGAGUGAUAUGAGGUCCCAAAUUAUUAGGAGAAUAGGUAAAUUGAAAAAAGAAAAAUUAAUACAAAUAAUGUAAUUUUAUGCUCUAUAAAUAUGAUUCAGAGUCUGAAAUAAAAGAUUAUUCUAUGUUUAUCCUGAAUAAUCUGUAUACUAUGUGAUAUACUCAAAGGGAUUGGUGCUCCAAUAUUGUAAAAUUUGAAAAAUACUUUGUAAAUACUUUUACAAUUGCACAUGCACGCCUAAAGAUAAGACUUUUCCACUGUUAUACUACUUGAUAAUCAUUAAAAAGAACCAUUCAUUUUACAGAUCAAAAUAACUUCGCUAGAAUAGGGAUAAUCCAUAGUCAAUAUAAUACCUAUAUUCCUACCUUUUCUAUUUAUUAUUGAUACAAAUUUUACAAACUACAUUAAACUGUGAUUUUUUAUUUUAAAAAUUUUUAAAAAAAAAUCCUGUGCCAAUAUUGUAGCCUUUUAGGUGGGAUACAUAAAGUUAUUUAAUUUAUAUCUGUGAACAACAAAUACCAUUGCUAACAAAAAACGAUUCGAAGCGAAGUUCGGUUAUAAAAUAUGUUUUUAAAGGCUGUAAUAUUUAUGAUUUUCAUUAAAAUUUAUAUAAAUAUUAAAAUUAUUCUUAUAAAAAAAAAAUUACUAUAUUAUACUCAACUUUUUUUUUACUGCUAUAUAUGACUUAUUAUGAACCUCCUACAAAUUUUCAAACAUUUCUGUUUAGUAAUUUUAUACAUAGAGUACUUGCAAAAUAAAAAUUACGAAUAAAAAAUGGUUCAAAUGUUUUGAAUAGUUUACAACGUCAAGAAAAAAUAAAUAUAAGUUUAAAGGCAAUAUUUCAAGUUUUCAAUAAAAUAACAAAAUUGAAAGUAAAAGCAUUAUUUUUGUAAUUGUACCCGUUAUUUUUACGUUUUUUUUUUUUUUGGUUUUACGCAAUUAUUAAAAAAAACAACAGAGAAAAUUAAAAAACGAUUUUCUUACUCACCAACUAGAUUAAAAAAUUCAAUAAAAUAGAUCUCUUGUUUUUCUAUUAAACCAAUAUUUCUGGUAGAAAACAGAAAGCUUACAAAUUUAAAAUAAUGAAAUCGUGUCGUAAUUUGAAAAAAAAAAUUGUAUUUUAUAAUCAUAUUUUUUAUUUUUUCCUAUUGUUAUGACAAAUAAUUUAUAUAUCAUAAAAUGACUUUCAUUAUCAGUAGCUAUAUAAUAUUAAAAGAAAUAAAAUCGAUCUUUUGUCAAUUUUCAAUUGAAAUAAAAUUACUCGCAGAAAACAUAAGUUGUAAAAAUUAAAAACAAUGAAAUCAGUAACACUGUGGUGUGCCGUAAUCAUAUGCAGUGUUACGCAAAGAUGUAUCUAGAUAAAGAUAAAAGAUAAUUAGAUACAAUUUAUCUAGAUAGAGAUAAAAGGUAGUUGAAAUUUAAAUUAUCUAGAUAAAUAUAAAAGGUAAAACAAUAUUUAUUUGAAUAAAAAAAAAAAUUAAAUAGUUUCAAUUUUUAUUAAUUAAUCUACAAUUGUUUUGUUAUUUUAUAUUAGAUUUCUACAAUUUCUAUUAGAAUUUAGAAAUACCACAAAUGAGCGACCCGGAUAAUAUUAUUACCUAAUACUUUAUGUUUUUAAUUUUUGUCUCUAUUUGUACAAGGUUGGUUUACUAAUGAAACAUGAGUUUUAAUUUUCAACUUCAAUUUUUUGAAUUUGUCAGAUAGGUUUAUAUAUUUAUUUAUCUAGAUGAAUUACGUUAGAUAAUUCUAAUUAUUCAUCUAAGAUAAUUCAUCAGAUAACUAAUUUUGUUUAAAAAAUUAUUAUCUAGAUAAAAUAAAAGAUAAUUAAUUGUUUAUCUCGGUGAUGACACUGAUCGUAUGCCGUUUUACCUAUAAUUUUAUUUUGGGUAUUUCCCAAUUUUCCUAGGACAACCUGAUAAUAAAAUGCUAGGUUCCAACGUAGAAAAUAUAUAUCUAGACAAUUAUAAUGUAAUUAUAUUAUUAUCGUGUCUAUGGUAGAAUAUCACGUAGAAACAUAGAAUUAUUUUUAAAUCGUAAUAUAAUUAUUUACAUUUUAACAAUAUUAUGAUCAUAUAUUCAGAAUUUUAUUUUAUUGUUUUAUAAAUGACGUCAUAUUAUUAAUAUAUUCAAAAUAUAAUUUUAACAGUUUGUUUAUAAUAAUUUAAUAUUAAUAUAUCUAUAUCAUUUAAAAAUUUGUUAUUAAUAAUAAUAAUAAAUUCAUAAUAUUCUUUAAAUAUUUAUUUGAUAAACUAUCAAUAUUUAUUUAGUAAUAUAAUUUUUUGAUGAAAAGUUUAUAUUAAUAUCAUAUUAUCAUUACAGAUACGUUAUCUAAGACGUCUUAUAUUUUCCCGUAUUUUUUUUUUUUGUUUUUCAAAUUUAAUGAGAAAAUUCCUGAGAAAAUCGAAAAAUGACCUCUUUAAAGUACCUCCCUAGUGAAAUUUCCUUUUGGAAACAUUGCUUUCAUUAAAAGUUGAAAAGUUGCUCAUAAAAAAGUUAUCCUCAGAACAAAAUCGUUAGAUUAUAUUUAUUAUAUUUCGUACAAUUUUUCGUUUUUUUUCGGUUUUUCGCAUUUGAUGUGAAAACUCUAGAGAAAAUCGAAAAUGAUCUUCUUAAAGUACCUCUCCACACCGAUUUAAUUUCAAAAAACGUGUUACACGUAGAAACCCGAGGAAGUCUCCUGGAAGAAAAGUUGCGCACAGAUAAAAAAAAAAAACAUCUCUGUAAAAUUAAGUUCUAUAUGUAUAAUUUUUUGUAUCGGGCGUAAAUAUGCACCACCCCUUUAAUAAACUAAACAUUUUGCUGCUGCAAAAAAAGUACAAUUACCCCCUAGAUACGAGCCUGCUCAUGGACAUCAGGCUCCUGUUGUAUGUAGAAAGUUGGGAAGGUAGGAUACAUAUGAUAAUUUAAUUUAUAUUACACUGUAUAUGGAAUAAUAAAUCAUUGAAAACGAACGAUUCUGAGCGGAGUUUAACAUAUUUUAAUAACUUUAAAUCGUAAAAACUAAUUCUUAACUAAUAAUAAUUUGCAAUUUUUCGUGUUUUCAAUAAAUUUAUAUUUAAAUUUAAUCGCUCAAAAAAAAAAAAAAUUACCAACAUGCAUCAUAGUAUAACAAAAAUAUUCCUUACGCCGCUCAGAAUCUAGUAUUAAGAUACUUAAUAUCUAAUGGCUAAACCUUUGAACUAUCACAAUAUAUUGCAGCAUCUUAACAUACAAAUAUUUGAAAGUAUACUUCUGUAAUUUUUUUCUUUCGGUUGUAUUUAAUAAUAUUUAUAUUUUCCGGCAUGUAUAAUAUAUUAUAUUCAUACAUACAUGCACAUUAAACACACUAUUUGUAUUAUUAAUAAUCUAAUACUUUUGCAUACAGUGGCGCAUUUACGGAGGUGGCCUAGGGGUACUGGACUCCCCCAAUGGCCAGAAAAAAAAAUAAAUAUCAAAUCAGAUAAAUGUUUCUGCAGCAUAGUUAUAUUAUAAGCAUAGAAAUUAUACUUUUAGUGGUGUCAUUGUGAUAUAUUUUGGUUUCCAAACUGUGACUAAAAUAUGUUAAGUGCGAUAAUGGCAAAUUACCUUUAUUAUAAAGGCUCUAUCGCAAUAAAUUUAUUAUUGAUAGUAGUUGACUGUUGAUAUGGUUAGUGAUAGUUAGGUGAAAUACUGUAAUUAACAUACAUAUUUAAUAUUCAACCACUCCGAAAAAUGUCCAAGUACGUAACUGUUAUAAACUACAAAUACUCCCUGGAAAAAGUUGAAAAUACGCCAUUGUAUGCAUACAAUAAUAUUAUAAUUAUACAUUAUAACUAGUGGUGAGCCGAUAAGACUUAUCUGAUAAUUAAAUAUUUGUUACCGAUAUAAAAUCGAUAAUCGAUCCUAUUUUUGAAAUCAAAAACUGAUAGCCGGUAUUGAGAUUGACUGAUGUAAUAAAGACCCCGAUACAAGAUAGUUACCAAUAUUGUUCAUGUUCAUUGAACCAAUGCCAUGGCCACAAAUGUGCUUACAAUCAAUUUAAUUGAAUAGUGGUACUCUCUAUUGAACAGCAGGUAACAUUUAACAUUUGAAGAUUGAAACGGUUCUUUCAUAUUGUAAUAUUAUUAUCGAAAUUAGACAUUUACCGAAAAUAAAUGUUAUUUUUUAUUAAAAAAAAAUUGUUUCAAAAAUAUCGGGUCCAAUAUCCGUUUAAAACAAAAAAAAAACCUGAUAUCUGAUACUCAAUAUCGGCCGAUAUACGAUAUCGGUUUAUACCGAUACUCACCACUAAUUAUAACCUAAUAUAUUUUAUUGUUAUAACGCCAUAACGGCUCUAGAAUCAAUCGGUGUGGCUAUUUCCGAUUAUUACUAAUUUAACCAAUUAUUUUAAUGACUUUUAUAUAUAGUAUUGACAAAUUUUGGACAUUGAUUAUCUAACACAGUUAGUUAUUAAAUUAAGUUUUCAUAAUUUUACACAUAAUACUUAAAACUUAAAUAAACUUUUAUUACAAGAGUACACAUAACUAUUUCAUAUAACCUAAAUCAAUAAUAAAAUUGACAAAUCAAUUAAAAUUUAAAAAAAAAAAUGUAUUUAUAUUUUUAUGUUUUAUUUCGAAAUAAUAAUAUUACCUGUUUUAAAACAUUUAUGUAAAGUAUAAAGUAUAAAGUAUAAACAACGCAUGUCCAUUUUUAUUCCUCAAAAUUAAUUACAAAUAAACUUUUAAAAUAUUUAUAUUUAGGUAGAUUCAAAGUAAAGUAGUUCGACACAAUAACCUAUAGUUAGUAUGUUUUUUUUUUUUUUGUUUUGCUAGAUUGAUCAUCCUCAGCUUCAAAGCAAGGCGAUUUAUCGAUCAGUUGUAUCGACGCAACGUAAGAGAGCCGUAAUUGCUUGUUUCCGACAACUUUCACUCCACGCUUUGACCAGGUCUUUUAGAGGCUUUUAAUGUUUUAUAUUCAUCCAUCAAGUUGUGUUUACAAUUUUUGUUUGUACUUAAUAUGUACUUUGCUUUCUUAACUAUUGAUAAUCACUUUUAUUUUUACCUACAUGCUUAUCUUACAUUAACUUUGUAGCUUAUUCGUUACUAAUAACCAACUAAUAAAUCAUUCAUACAAUACAUAUAAUGUACGAUAUAAGCCAUAAGGUACAAGUAUAUUAUGACACUGAUACAACAUGCAAACCCUAUUACUACUAACGCUACCUACCUAUCGAAGUUGUCCAUUGUAAUUUAUGCAAUUAGUAAUCACUGAUAUAUUAAUGCAAUAUUCUAUUAUAGAUCCUUCUAUGUUAAUAUGUGUAUGCUAUUAUACUUAUGUUAAUUGUGUCACGUCUACAUGACUGUUGUAAAAUGUACUGUCGUUUAUUUUAUGGCACCGACCUACCUGUUGUUUUCGAUUAUCCCUAUGUAUGCGUCAAACAAUAUUAGCCAGUGCUGUAGGCCUGUAGCCAGGAUAAUACUCAAAUUAAAUUAAUUUUUUUUUCAAAUAAAAUAUAUAUGAAUUCAUCGAUAUAAAAUAAACAUAAAAAUUAUUUUGAUACCUAUACUUAUGAUAUAAUAAUACAAAUGUAUAAUCUUCCUCUUCCAUGCUUUUUCCUGGUCACAAUCCUGGCUACAAUACUACCAGUAGGUACAAUAUAGAGCAUUAUUAAACCGUGACGUCAUUUUAAAUAUAAUAUAUCUAAUUGUGUGUAAGUGUAAGUACCUACUAACAUUUUUUUUUGAAAUUGUAUGCAACAUGUAGUUAUCCCACAAUAAUAACCAAUUGAAUCGGCUGGGAUGGAGAACGAUAUUAUCGGUUGCCAGAAAAAGAGCCGCUAUAGCCUGCCUUAGAAUGACUCCAUUAUACUGCAUAAAAAGGUACCUCUAACACUUGCUUUUUUUUGGUAAACACCCACUGUAAGUUAUUAAUUUGCUUAGAUUCAUCAAUAUACGUAUAUGUGUAUUUUGACAAAAUAUGUUGUGUUUUUUUUUUCUUUUAUUAGUACCUAUUACUACUAUUACUAUUUUUUUGAAUUUACGAAAUAUACAUAUACAUAAGUCUACACAGUAGAUUAUGAAAAAUCUGCAAUUUUUGUUCUAAAAUAAAAAAAAAAGAAAAACAUACUAAGAGUAUGUAUAAAAAUCUUAAGAGAUAUAUUUUUAUGAAUAAAUAUAGAUACUACAUUAAUAAGGAUAUAAUGGAUGUAUUUUAAGCAGAACAAAUAUAAUAUAUUAUAUUUUUUCAAUAUUAUUUUUGCCGAUUUAUCAGGAAUCUACUGUGUAAAAUGUAUAACAUAAUAUAACUAUAUAAUACUAGUUUAGCUUUAUAUACUUGUACCUACAAAUUACUUUAAUUAAGUACCUACCUGUCAAUAUUUGUAUUAACUCGAUCUACUUACUAUUACUGUUACAAUUGUUGUUAUACUUUACACGUUUGGUAAUCUCAUAUUUUUAGACACCGGGCAGUAAAUAUAUUCGUUCGUUCGUUUUAUGAACUAUGGCUCCAAGAUGAAAAUAUUGGACAAGAAGUUAUGAUUGAGGAUCUUACAGUUAGUGAAUCAUCAUUAUUCCUUACGUAUCAUAUCGAACCACAAAAUUAUAAUAACUAUUAUUUUUUUUAGCAAUCAUUCGAAGAAGCGGAACUUAAAAAACGUGACAAGGAAGAGGAGGAAGGAAAAGCAGAUCCUUUAAAUCAAAUGGUGACCACAUUCUGUCGAGGUGCUAUGACUGAAAGAAGUGGAGCUUUACAAGAGGAUCCUCUUUACAUGUCUUAUGCAGACAUUUUAGCAAAGUAAGUAAUGUAUAAUAUUUAUAUGAUGCUAAAAUAAGAGGUUAAUAAUAAGUAAAAUCUGUAAAUAAUGGUCUCAUUUGUAUAACUGUCAUCCUUAUACAUCGCAAAAAUUGUUUGUAUAUAAUAAUAGAUCUUGUGGUGAAGAGGAAGAAGAAGGAAAUGAUGAAGAAGAAAGUCCGAGUGGCAACGGAGAAGAAGAAGGCGGUGCUUCUAUUCAUGUAAAAAUAACAUAAUUAUUUUUGUAUGUAAAUAUUUAAAAUAAUAUGGAUUUUCAAAAAUAUAUUAGGAACAAGAAAUGGAAAAACAAAAACUUUUGUUCCAUCAAGCUCGAUUAGCAAAUCGCGGUGUAGCAGAAAUGGUUUUGUUACAUAUAUCAGCUUGUAAAGGUAUUCCCAGCGAAAUGGUUAUGAAAACUCUUCAAUUGGGUAUAGCAGUUCUUCGUGGCGGCAACUUAGACAUUCAAAUGGUGAUUGAACUUUUUUUUUCAUUCUUUAUUUUUUUUUAUUAUUAUAAUACAAAUAUGUAUUAUUCACAUUAUUAUAAUGACUAUUUUAUAAUAAAUAUAAUUAACAUAUUACAACCAUAAAAUACUUUUUAAUAGGGUAUGUUAAAUCAUCUAAAAGAAAAGAAAGAUGUUGGAUUUUUCACUUCAGUUGCUGGUCUAAUGAACUCAUGCAGGUAUUAUUAUUUAUUUAUAUUAUUACUAUUAUUACUAUUUUAGAUAAAAUCUAUAAAGUGAAACAUUUUUAAUUUAUUUUAUUUUAGUGUACUCGAUUUGGAUGCUUUCGAGAGAAAUACUAAAGCUGAAGGUUUGGGUGUUGGAUCAGAAGGUGCAGCUGGUGAAAAAAAUAUGCACGAUGCUGAAUUCACUUGCACAUUAUUUAGAUUCAUUCAAUUAACAUGUGAAGGACAUAAUUUAGGUACAUAAUCAUUAUUGGAUUUUGAUUUUGAAACUUCACAACGGUUUAUUUUUCUAGAAUGGCAAAAUUACUUAAGGACACAAGCGGGAAAUACCACUACUGUAAAUGUUGUUAUUUGCACAGUAGAUUAUUUACUCAGACUUCAGGUAUACAACAUAAAGAUGUGUAAAAUAAUAAAUAAACAACAAUGCGUGUAAUUGGCUAUUAUUUCAGGAAUCUAUAAUGGACUUUUAUUGGCACUAUUCGAGUAAGGAGCUUAUUGAUCCAGCGGGUAAAGCUAAUUUUUUCAAAGCAAUUGGUGUAGCCAGUCAAGUUUUCAAUACACUAUCUGAAGUAAUUCAAGGACCGUGCACUCAAAAUCAACAAGCUCUAGCUCAUUCUAGAUUAUGGGAUGCAGUUGGAGGAUUUUUGUUUUUGUUUUCACACAUGCAAGACAAGUUAUCGAAACAUUCUAGUCAAGUAGACUUGCUGAAAGAACUUUUAAAUUUACAAAAAGAUAUGAUUACAAUGAUGCUGUCCAUGUUAGAAGGUAAUAUAAACACACAUAAUUAAAAAUAUUUUAGACUAAUACACAUUACUAAAUUACUUAUAAGUUACAAGAAAACAAAAAAAAAAGAAACUUUUAAUAUUGGACGAUUUGACCAUAUAUUUUACCAGUUGAUUUUAUAGUUUUAUUAGUUUCUUUAUUAUAUACGAUUUUUUGUAUAUGAAUCAAACAAAUUAGUAUGUAAUGAUUUAUUAUGUGACAUCUAAGUUGUUUAUAAUAAUUUAUGUAUUUUUUAUUAAUAUAUAUAAUUGUAAAAUUGUAAAUGUUUGAACGGAAUAAACUCAAAAACUACUAAACCGAUUGUAAAAGAAACUAUAGUCUAUUAAUACACUAUUAAAAUAAUUACACGAUUUAUAAAAAAUAAUAGUAAUUUACCUUAUACAUAUUUUAGGAAACGUUGUUAAUGGAACAAUCGGUAAACAAAUGGUUGACACACUAGUUGAAUCAGCAUCUAAUGUUGAGGUAAUUAUUUUUUAAAAGUUUAAAUUCGACUAGUAAAAUUAACUCAUUUUUUAAAUUUUAGUUGAUAUUGAAAUACUUCGAUAUGUUCCUGAAACUUAAAGAUUUAACAAGUUCAACCAGUUUUACGGUAAUUGAAUGAUACAUGCUUUGUUAAAUAAUAUAAACAAUCUAGUUUAAAAUGUUUAUGUUGGGUAAAAAUGCUCUAAAAUUUAUUUAAAUUUAUAUAUAUUUUUCAUGUUACCAAAUCUUUUUCACUAAUUUUUUUUUUUUUAUUUUACGACGUAAUUUUUAGGAAAUCGAUCCCAAUAACGAUGGUUGGGUACAACCAAAAGAUUUUAAAGAAAAAAUGGAACAACAAAAAAGUUAUACUGCGUAAGUUUCUAGCAUUUGUGUGAAACAAAAUAAAACUAGGUAUCUUCUACAAAUAUUUGAGGUUUUUAUUUUAUAUAUUUCCAGGGAAGAAAUCGAAUUUAUGCUUCAGUGUUGUGAAUCUAAUCAUGACGGUAAAAUUGAUUACAUUGGCUUCACAGAUCAGUUCCAUGAGCCAGCCAAAGAAAUUGGAUUUAAUCUCGCGGUGUUGUUGACUAAUUUAUCAGAACAUAUGCCAAAUGAGCCAAGGUAUAAUUUAUAAACAUUUCUUUAAUCUAUCUAUCUACUUUUGUAUACUUACAUUUAAUAAAUGACAUCACAUUUUUCUUCUCAUUCUCAUGUUUAGGCUAACUAGAUUUCUUGAAACAGCUAGCAGUGUUUUGAACUAUUUCCAACCAUUCCUCGGAAGGAUUGAAAUUCUUGGAGGAAGUAAACGUAUAGAACGGGUGUAUUUUGAAAUUAAAGAAUCAAAUAUCGAACAAUGGCUAAAACCUCAAAUUAGAGUGCGUGUAUAGUGUAGUUCAAUUGCUUCCAGUUAAUGGAAAUUGAGUCUAAAACAAUAACUUUUCAUCAAACGGAUAAAAAGUUUAGAGAGAUUGAUUAAUCAUUUAUUUUAAAAUAAUUUGAUUUUAGACUUAAUCCAUCCAUUUCUUCUCGAAAAUAUAAGCUAUAUAAAUUAUUAUUUAAUGAAUUUAUUUAUAAAUGCAUUUAAUUAUUUUAUGUUUAUUAUAAAUUAGGAAUCUAAACGAGCAUUCUUCUAUUCAAUUGUUACCGAAGGUGGCGAUAAAGAGAAAUUAGAAGCAUUUGUUAAUUUUUGUGAAGAUGCUAUAUUUGAAAUGCAACACGCAAGUGGUCUUAUGGCUGUCGAUGACGGUUCUGGGAUUGGUGGUGGAAAAUCUAGAAAAACUUCUUACACUUAUCUUGCCGAUGAAGAAGAAAAUCAGUAAGAUGAUUUACAAAUUGAAAAUUUUAAAAUGUAUUUAUUUAAAAUGUAAUUUAUUUGUACGUAUACGUAUUAGGUAUAAUGAGUAAUAUUUGGAUGUUCAGAAACUACCUAAUAUUAAAUUAAACUAUGUAUUUUGGCUAAUGAUAUUAGUUUGAACUUUAGCCACGAAGGUUAGGUUAAGUUAGGUUAAACACAGAAAUGUUACUCCUUACAAACGUUACAUUCAUAAAACAAUCUAACGAAUUUAUCGAAUUUAUAAUUUAUUUAUGAGUUUACAAUUGCAUUUUGAAAUCAGUCAAAAUAAUAUAGAAUAUUAAGCAAAUAUGCAUAGUAAGUAGUUAAAAAUGCAGUUAUAUGCAUGGUAUCAUUCAUGAAAAAAUGAAUUAAAAAAAAUAAUUAUUGGUAGGUAUUAAUAAAUUCAGAGUAUAAAAUUAUUUAACCAUGAGAAAGCAGCUAUACGUGUUCAAAAGUAGAUAAGAAAACAAGCUUUGUCACGCUGGCAUCCGCAUUUUUGUAUAUUUGACUUACAGACUCGAAAACCAUACCAACGAUUGUUAUAUAAUCAUUUGUUGUUCAGAUUCAGAUUUAUAGCUAUACAAUUUCCAUUAGUAAAAUCUCCCGAACCCCAUAAAAUUUAUUUUUAAAUCGAUUUUGUGAAGUUUCUGAGUGAGAGGAGGGUGGUGUACAAAUUAAAAUGUUAUGGUUACAAAUUUGUGCAAAUGAUAAAAAAAUCGUUAGUAUGGUUUUCAAGUCGAUAGAGCAAAUAUUUAAAAAAAAAUACGGGUGGUAACAUGACGUCACGUCAGCAUUAUAAAUUUGAUAAUUUUAUCGGCUUUGAGGGGCUUUACAAUUGAAAGUGUGGUUACAUCUGAUAUAACAAUCGCUGAUACAAGUAUUGUGUCAAAUUUCCAAUAUGCUGGUUCCAGAGUGACAGAGCCGGAAAAACAUAUACAAUAUUAUAUUAUGAUUUGAAGUAUAACAUAUUAUAUUAUUUAAUAAUCUUUAGGGAUUUAUUUUUGUAAGAAAAAAUACAUACAAAAGUAUAUAAUAUCAUUAAUUUCGAAAUUUGUUUCUAUUUUUUAAAAUAUCAAUCGUUUUGCUAUGAAUUUGUAUUAUUAUUUCAUUUUCUAUUAUUGCCUUUUUAUCACACAUAAAGGCAAGGUAACCCUUAGAGUUUUAACAAUUUUCUAAGUGAUUAAUACCAAAAAAUGAUAUAAAUAUAUGAUGUAAUAAAAUAGAUUUAUUUUUAACAAUAUCAAGCUAUGUCUGGUAAACACAAAUAUUGCAUCAAAUUGUAUUUAUAUCAUGUUGACGUUUUUUCUUUAUGCUCAUCAUCAACAAAAUUUAUAUCAACCCAAUUUAUUUUCAGUAGUAUCAUUAUUUAAUAAUCGAAUUAAUUAUAACUAUCAUAAUUAAUAAUGUAAUAUACCAGCUCACAAUCUCAAUGCGAGAAGCUGCCCAGUGAGUAUUUGUCCACUUGUCCACCAGGCUAGUCCGCCCCUGGAUAUCAAAAUUCACGAAUAUGGACAAAUGGACGUAGCCGUUUGGACGUAAAGACAAUUGGACGUCAAAAAAAAAAUAUAUAUAUGUAUAUUUAUCAAUCAUUAAACAUAAUUGUAGUACUGUUCUGCUGGUUUAUCUAUAUUUAUAAAUUAUAAAAUCACUGAUAUUUUCUUCAUAAUACAUAUUUCCUAACUAUAAGCUAGGCGAGAUAUAUUUUACAGCCAAAUUGAAGCAGGUAACAGUCCCCACCGAAAAAUUAGAGCAAUUUAUUGAUUCAAAUGAAUGAAUUUUAAGAAUUGUGCAAAGUUAUCAAAAUAGAACUAAAAUAUCAUUUUUACACGGAAUCGAUCAAAAUAUUUCUUUACAUUUGUAUAAUAUUUUUGACAUUAAAAACUUUUUAAAUAUUGUUUAUACAUUUUUAUACAUUUUUGACGUAUUCAUAAUUCAUUUAAUUAGCAUAAAUAACUAUUUUUGAUAUUAUAUUUUAGUUAUUGGCGUACCUAUUAUGAUAAACAAAUUAUUGACCGAUUUAUAAUUUUUUUUUUUACGUUCAAUUGUCCCCACGUCCAAACGGCCACGUCCAAAUGGCUACGUCCGUUUGUCCUAGAUCGCAUUAUUCAACUUUUAACAACAAAAAAAUACUAAAAUACUAAAAUCUAAUAUGUUCAUUGUUUAAACAGGACGGCCAAAGAUCCAAUACGUAGAAGUAUGCAUGCUAUUAAAUAUGGAUUCCAAUUAUUAUUUUUCGUUUUGUCACCUACAAACAUUAAAAACAAAAUCAAUGAAAUUCAACAAAUGAGUGCUAUUGAAUUAAUUACUUCGUUUUUCAAACUAUGGUUUUAUUUAUUGUUUUACACUGGAUAUAGUGGAUUCUACAUAUUAAGGUUUGUUAUUUAUGUAUUAAUACAUUUAAUUUACAGUAUAAAUAAUACUAGAUAAAUUAAGAAAUCCAUUUUUAUUAGAAACAUAAACAAAUAAUCUAUAUUGUAGGUUUUCUGUACCAAUAUGGUAUACAGUAGGUACUUGCUCGGUACUUAAUUAUCGUAUUCAUCCGUCCAUAUAAUUUUUUUGCACAGUUACCAAUAUUAAUGUUAACAAAUUAAUUUAAUUUAUAUUAUAUUGUAAAUUGUUUGUAUAAAGCCGCGUCCACGCUAAUUAAAAUGUACGUUGUGUGUCUAAUGUAAAAUACGCAACAAACAUUUACAUCGUGCGUUGUGUCCGAGACCAACACGUACGUGAUUAAUCGUGUACCUACUAGUUUCUCUGCCAUUGGUUUAUAUCAUACAUUUUAUACAUAUUCUAUUAAAAAAUGAAUUUGUACCAGGAAGAUGUUAUUCUUUUAAUACAACAAAAAACAGAACCUUACCUUAACAUAAUCCUUAAAAGCAUCUAGCUCAGCACAGCAUAAUUUUGGAAUAAUUAACGAUAUUAAUUGCUUGAAUCCCACGAAGCAAAAAAAACGCAGCGUUACUGCUAAUCUAACCUUUAAAGGUAUGAAUUUCCUUAAAUUUGUAUCCAUUUUUCUUAAAUGUUAGUUCCAAUCAUAGUUAUAACUUUUUAAAGUUCUCAAAAUUAUUCACAGACAAACGAAUAGAAUUAUUAAAAUGCCCAGCAAUUCCAUCGAUGGAUAGUACUUAUACAAUAAUUUGCCACUAUCAUAUUGAUUUCUGCUUUGAUAGAAAUGUUUCAUCUAAUAGCGCAUGGAUUGUUUUUGUUGCUUCUGAUUCUUUAUCUGGAUUAAAUGAUUGAUAAUAAUGAAAGCCGCACGUUUUUUUUUUUUUUUUUUUUUCAUUAUAACAAACAUCAUUAUAUGACACAAUUUAUAGUUUGGUUAUUUAUGAUUAUUUUUAAAAACUGAUUAAUUUUACAAAUCAAAAAAUUAAGAAAAACUACACGAAAAAAUACGUGAUAAUGAUCAUGACGGAUCGUGGGUAUGGAAUACGGCGAAAAAUGUUGUGUUACUAUUAUAUAGCGAAAACAACCGCAUACAUUUUUAACGCUCAAACAAACUUGUGUCGAAUGUAUUGCACAAUGUAAAUUUUUACCAGUGUGGACGUAGCCUGAAAUUGCUUAUUUAUUUAUUUAAAGAUAUUUAUUAUGUAGCGAUUUUCAUUUGUUAAUAGAUAAAGUUGGUACUUGGUACUCUGUAUUUAAUUAAUAAUUACCUACACACCUACCUGUCCACUAUUUUAAUUAUAUAAUACGAACAAAUAUUGUUUAUUUUAUUUUGUAAGGUAGGUAUAUGCAUAUCUUUAUAUGGAAAUCUAAAAUAUUCGGAGGGUUUAUUUUUCUUAAUUUGUUUUAUUGUCAAAUUUUAAUUUAUUAACGUUAAGUAUGUAGAUACUCUCGUAAAUGCGAUUAGAGCAAGACGCUGAAAAAUGGUUGGGCAUGCCUUGAGACACCCAGAAAACUUGCAUAAUAUAAUAUUAGAGGGCAUGAUAGGAGGAGAGAAAACUGCAGGACGUUCCCGAAACUCUUAUAGGACAAAUUAAAUGUGGUGCAAGAGUCAAAACCUUUAAGGAACUUAAAAAAAUGGCGAGUAAUCGGUUAGAAUGGAGAAUUGGAGUUGUAAACCAACCUUCGGGUUGAAAAAAAAAAAGUAGUUUACUUAAUAUUUUUAUUUUGUUAUUAUUCGUGGACAACUGACCAUUUAUUUUAUUUUUAUAUGUAUUGGUAUUUGGUCUAAUAGAGUUUAUUAAUUAUAGUCUAAGGAAUAUAUGACUUUGAGACCUACAAAAUAUAUUUAGGUGCUUUCUAAAAAAUGAUACACUUUGAUUUUUUUAUACAGAUAUAUCUCUCGUAUACUCAUGCAAUUAAUGAGUGGUACACAAUCGGAAGAAACUGUCGUAGAAGUGGUAGAAGAAAAAAGUGGAUCAUUUAGAAUGUUGCCUGCGCUGCCGUCCUCGGGAAUAGAAGAGACUUCACUGGUUUCGAGUGAUAAUAACAACAUGUGUGUAUUACAGAAUCGUUUUUUUUCUCAUAAUACCUAAACAAUAGUAUAAUACUUUUACAAAAAAAAAACCUAAAAUCUAAACCCACAAAAAUAAUGUCAUAAUUUAAGUAGUACCUAUUUAAUGUUUAAUAUUACAUUGACAAUAAUUUUUUACCAGAAGAAAAAACUCAGGUUCACCAGAUUCAAAAUCAGCCGUAGAACGUAAUGGAGAUGAUAAAGGCGAAUUAUUGGUGGAAAACAAUGAAAAAGAAGAUGGUCUUAAAUCAGAAGAUAGCUCAGAACCACAAGCUUCAUUUGUUGAUUUAUUAGUGUAAGUUCAUAAAAAAAAAUGUGGGAUAAUAAAUAACAAUUUAACGUAAACAAAUAGAUACAUUUUGAACUGAAAGUUGAAUCUGUUUAAAGCCUAAUGGAAAAAAACAAUUCAGUAGGUACCUAACACUAUAAGAGUAAAUGUAAAUAAAGAGCACAUGGAGACACUGGGGACAGGUAUUUUGCCACUGUUGUAGAUGGGAAGUUGGGAAGGUAGAAUAAAUAAAGUUAUUUAACAACUUAUAUCUGUAAGCAAUGAUCAACCAUUGUUAAUGAAAAAAGAUUCAGAGUGAAAUUAGUAGGUUUAAUACAUGUCCUGAAAGACCGAAAUAUUUACGAUUUUCAUCAAAUUAGAUAUUAACUCCUAUAAAAAAAAUACUACAUUAUACUCAAUUUUUAUUGACCAUUAAGUACGAUGCACAAUGAAUCUCCUAUUAAAUUUUCAAACAUGAUUUUUAUGAAUAUGUAAGCUGAAUUACAACUAAAAAAUAAAAUUGAAAAUAAUGAAAUAAUAAUUUUUUUUAUAAAUUUUCCCGUUCUUUCCAAGUUUUUUUUUCAGUUGUGCUCAAUUGUUGAAAAAAACUGCUGGGAAAAUCAUAAAACGAAUUACUUACUCACCAACAAGAUUAAGAAUAUCUCUUAUCGUUUUUUUUAUUGAAGCAAUAUUUAUGGUGGAAAACAUAAGCUGUACAAAUUUUAAAUAAUUAAAUCGUACGCCGUUCGUUUUUCAUUUUUCGCUAUUUUCCGGUUUUUCUAAUUAUUAUGAUAACUACUUGGAAAAUCAAAUAACUUACUUCGUCAGCAACUAUUCCAAAAUUCUACAAAGAACGGCCUAAAGGCAUUUUUUAACUAAAGCAAUAUUUCUAGUAGAAAAUAGUUCAUAGUUUGCAAAAAUUAAAAAAAAAUAAAUCUGUAACGCCACGGCGUUUUCAUUAUAUUAUUAUAUACUCGUACUUGGCAUUUUUCCGAUAAUUUUUUUUCUGGUUAUCCCAAUUGCUUUAAAAACCACUUGGAAAAUCAAAAAAUUACCUCCUCAAUGCACCAACUAUAUAAAAUUCAGAGCAAGAUUUCUGGUAGAAAAGUUGCUCACAAACGUAUAAAAAUAAUAAAAAAAUACACAUAGCAUACGCUACGUUCCGAAUUAAAAAAAAAAUAUAUAACUAGGUACUUAUACAAAACUAAUGGCAUUUGAAACUAAUUAAAUGCCUGCUUGUGGGUAGUAUUAACUAAAUAACAGUUUAAUAUAUUUUAAUUUGAUUCAGUUGUUUUAAUGUGUAUAUUUGACAAUUUUAUUAUAUUUUAAAUUUAGAGGUGAAUCGGCAAGAAAAGAUUCGAUAGCCGGCCCUGAAGUAUUGGCUCAACAACAAGCUGUAAUGGCAGCCAUGGAAGCAGAAAUUAAACAGAAGAACUCAGUUGACAAUCAUAGUGCAUUUGCUACGGUACCUAUAAAUCACUACACUUUAUUAAUUUCCGAAAGUAUCAUGUUAUUAAUAAAAAAAAUAAAUACUAAUAAUAAUAUACUAUAUACAUUUUUUUUAUAUACCUUUGUCUUUAGAACUUAACGUUCUUUGAAUUUAUAAUAAGUAUAGUAUUUUAUGUAAAUAUUUUUUUUUUUUUUUAGAUUGAUAUCAAUGCAUAUACUCAUCGUGCUUUGAGUUUUUUGGCAAGAAACUUUUAUAAUUUAAAAUACGUCGCAUUAGUGUUAGCAUUCUGCAUUAAUUUCAUAUUACUAUUUUACAAGGUAUAAAAAAAAUCUACCGAAAUCAAAUGUCAGAUAUAUAUUUUCAAAUUGUAUAAUAUUGUCUUGUAGGUAUCAACAUUGGCAGAAGAUUUAGCAGAUAAUGAAGAUGCUAAAGAUUUUGUUUUGGGUGCUGCUGGAAUCAGCAACGACGAUAUGGACGACUCAAACAGUACAGAAAUAAUGGACGAUGACGGUGCUUUGGAACUCGUGCACGUGAAUGAGGAUUUUUUUUACAUGGAACAUGUUAUGCGACUAGCGGCUCUGCUCCAUUCAUUGGCCUCACUGGCUAUGUUAAUAGCGUAUUAUCAUUUGAAGGUUCCAUUGGCCAUAUUUAAACGGGAAAAAGAAAUUGCCAGGAGAUUAGAAUUCGAUGGUCUUUACAUUGUCGAACAGCCCGAAGAUGAUGAUAUUAAGUCCCACUGGGAUAAGUUGGUGAUUUCUGCAAAGUAUGUCUUUUAGAGAUUUAAUCAUUUAGUUUGUAUUUUAAUACCUACCUAUCAUAUUUACAUAGUACGAAAUUAUUACAGAUCAUUUCCUGUUAACUAUUGGGAUAAAUUUGCGAAAAAAAAAGUUCGUCAAAAGUAUAGCGAAACAUAUGAUUUUGAUUCUAUAAGUAAUUUGUUGGGUAUGGAAAAAACAUCAUUUAGUACCCAAGAAAAUGAAGAAGGAAGCGGCUUAAUCAAUUUGUAAGUAUUUGGAACAUAAAAUUUGAUUCCAAUAAAUAUUAUUGCUAGGGCUCGGAAGUUAUAGGAGUUACAUAUAUUUCUGUAUGCACUGAAUUCAUAGCAGACUAAGCUAGACAUUUUUUCUACACAACAACGAGUUUAAAAAUCAACAAUUUAAAAUGCAUAUUUGCAUAUUUUGUCAAAAUUAGAGAAAAAAUUCAUAUUUCAUCGAUAUUCGUUGAUUUUUACACAUAGGUACAUAUUUAAUAUUCGCUACAAAAUUUGUUUUUCUUUCAUAACCUAUAUAUUUCAAAUAAUAUUAAAUAUUAAACUUAAUAUUAUUUAACGUAGUUAUUUAUUAUUAUAUCUUAUCGUGUCAGUCUAUUAUUAAUUUAACAACAACGGUGCGAUUUGCAUAUUUUUAUCUUUAUCUUUUUUGUGCAUAUUAAUAUAAUGACAUUAUAUGUUUUUUAAUAAUAAAUUUUGAAUAGUUUUUUAUAUAUCUAUUAUAUUUUUUAUAUAUUUAACAUUAUUUUACAACUUUUUUGUGUAUAUCUUGACUUUUUUAUCUCAUAUAACUUCAUAUAACUUAAUUAAGCUCUAAUUAUUGCAUUUAAUAGUAUCUAAUACUAAAUUUAUUUUUAAUAGUGAUAUAAAACGAUUUUUAAAACAAACAGUAUUUCAGCAAAAUGAUAAAAGAUUCUUGUAUCACGAUACAAUUCUGGACAGUAUCGAACAUCUUGUAUUACGAAAACGUUAUUAAUAAACAUGUUACUUGCGAUUAGAACUCCAAAACACGGCUAAUAAAUAUUUUUAGUUUAAUGUAUCGAGUAUGCAGUAUUUAAAUACAUAAAAUGAAUAUAUUGAGUAUCUUGUUUUGUGAUACUUGUUACAUUAAUAUCUAGCACCUAUUUUUUAUCUAGACCAUUAGUUGGAACCUGUAGCUCCGGAGCCGCAUACGGCUCCUUAACAUGCAAUCUGUGGCUCUUUAAAAAAUGUAUCAAAUUUCUUUAAAAAAAUAUUUUUAUACUUAGUUUGAAGUAUCUUGCCCAUCCUUGAUAGUACACACUGAAAAUAACACACAUUUAAAUAUCCUCACUUAACAAAUAGAUAGGUAACUUUUAAUAGGGCACUUCUCAAUAGUUAGAUGUUUUUACAUUACUUAUUGACGACUCAUAGGAGCCCGGAUGGGGACAAGAAGGGGCAUCUGCCCCUCUGACUUCAAAAUUUCAUAUGUAAUUUUAUUUUAAGUACUUUUUGGUGAUUGAUUUUAUCAUGCCCCUGAUAAAUUUCCAACGGGUGCCCAUACUUAUUGUUGGUAUAACAAACGCGGAUAUAAUAAGUAUAUAAUGAAUCAAAUCGAGUAAAAAAAAAAACAAGUAAAAUAAAAACUUAGUUGUUUUACUAUUGGAGCUAUAUUUCUGGUACAAAACAUAAGCCGUAAAAAUUUAAAACAAUGAAAUCUUUACGCCGUAAAUUGAAAAAAAAUCGUAUUUUUCGUCUUUUUGGUUUUUCCGAAUAAUUUUGAAAAAUACUUAAAAUAUUAAAAAACGACUUUCUGUAUCAGUGGCUAUAUAUUAAAAGAAAUAAAAAUGUUGUCUUAUCAUUUUUCGAUUAGAGCUAUUCUAAUAGAAAUAUUAAUUUCUGACAGAAAACAAGGCGCAGCAUGCCAUAAAUAUUUACCGUUCUACUAAUAAUUUUCUUUUAGGUUUUUCUCAAUUAUUUUUAAAACCCCGUAGAAAAUUAAAAAAAUGACUUAAUGCACAAACUAGAGAAAAUUAACUUUCAGAAAAGGUGAUACUCAUUACACUCUGUACAAACGAUUUCUUUUCGAAAAGUUGUUUACAAACAGAAAACAAAAAAAGCACACAUCAUUGUAAAACAAAUAAAUCCCUCGUUACGUUUCGAAUUUAAUAAUGUUUCCGAUAAUUCAUAUUCGUGAAAAAAAUGGUCUGGACCUAGAACCGAACAAAAAUCCGUAAUUAAUUGCGAUGUUUCAUUUCAGUGUAAUCAACAUUGACUGGAGGUACCAAGUGUGGAAAGCCGGUGUCACGAUAACGGAUAAUGUACGUCGUAAUAGUAAAAGUUGGAUUAUUAUUAUUAUUGAUAAAAUAUAAUUUACAAUCUGUGAAUCGUACGCCCAGUUCACGAGAACAACAUUUUAAACGAAUCUUUACGUUGUUUUUAGGCAUUCCUCUACAGUCUGUGGUAUUUUACAUUUUCAAUUCUGGGCAACUUUAACAAUUUCUUUUUCGCCGCUCAUCUACUGGACGUGGCCGUGGGUUUUAAAACGUUAAGAACAAUUUUGCAGUCUGUAACUCAUAAUGGAAAACAGGUGUGCAAACCAUCGUGGUUAUUACUUCCGCACGUUGCACUGAUGUCUACGCGGACACGUAUAUUUUUUUUAAUUUUUCAUAAUUUUGUUUUACAUUUUUCACGGGAUUUAGUUGGUGUUGACGGUUAUGCUUUUGACGAUCAUCGUGUACAUAUAUACGGUCAUUGCGUUCAAUUUCUUUAGGAAAUUCUACGUACAAGAAGAAGACGACGAAGUCGAUAAAAAAUGUCACGAUAUGUUGACGGUAAUGUUAUACGAUAUUUUUAUGUUGACAAUAUAAUACAAACACCUCACGUCCAAACUAGCGAAAUUAAUUACUAUAAUUUUUUUUUUUUUUUUGCGCGUAUUUACAGUGUUUUGUCUUCCAUUUGUACAAAGGCGUGCGAGCCGGCGGCGGUAUCGGAGACGAAAUCGAACCGCCCGAUGGUGACGACUACGAAGUUUACAGAAUAAUGUUUGACAUCACGUUUUUCUUCUUUGUCAUUGUAAUACUUUUGGCCAUCAUUCAAGGUACGCGAUACGUAUAAUUUGUAUUUAUUUAACUGGUUGUUAUCUUUCGUCACUGCAGAGUGUAUACGGUGCAUGGACGAUCAUAGGCCUUAAAAAACGAAAGGAUUGCAUUUUUAUCGACAUUUUAAUUUUAAUCACUCAAUACCUAUUAUCUAUUGCUCAUGUACCAAUAAUAUUUUAAUAUAUAUAUUUUUUUUUUAAUUUCCCAUUAUUUGAACGCUAUUGGACGUAAAUUAAUAACGAUGUGAGCGUACAUUAUUAUAGUACUGACGAUCGUCAUUAAAUAGGUUUGAUCAUCGACGCAUUUGGAGAAUUGCGUGAUCAACUCGAAAGCGUUAAAGAAGACAUGGAAUCCAACUGUUUCAUCUGCGGCAUCGGCAAAGAUUAUUUCGACAAAGUGCCACACGGUUUCGACACGCAUGUCCAAGAAGAGCACAAUCUCGCCAACUACAUGUACGUUUUUUGUUGAGCAUUUAAUAUUAAUAUAAAGCCAAAAUUAUUAAACCUAACGUCUUGUAUUUUGUACAGGUUUUUCCUAAUGCAUUUGAUCAACAAACCGGACACCGAAUACACCGGUCAAGAGACGUACGUAUGGAACAUGUACCAGCAACGGUGUUGGGACUUCUUCCCGGUGGGAGACUGUUUCCGAAAACAGUACGAAGAGGAACUUGGUGGCGGAGGAGGCGUCUAAAACUGUGUGUUGUUUUCUAUAAUUUUUUACCGAUACGAAAGCGGUCCAGAAUUAUUUGUUUGGUUUUUUUGUAUUAUUUUUUGUUUUCUCGUGUCACAAUAUUAUUAUUAUUAUUGUUUGUUCAUUACGCACCAUUAUAAUAAUUAUAAUCGGCUGUCGCUGGCCAUUAUGAUUAUAAAUUAUUAAUAUUAAUUAUUAUUACACUGUUUUCGACAAAUGUUUUACUCGGUAGAAACGUAUUAUAUUAUAUUAUAGAUUAAAGCCUAUUUUUUAUCUAUACCUACCCCAUGAGUAGUUACCAUAUUAUGUAACUUUUUUCACUUUGUUUAAAGUGAAAUUACAUUUGAUUUAAUUAACAAUUUACAGUUAUAAUACUGAUAAACUGAUAAACUGAUAAACUGAUGGUCAUAAUCCCCCUGCCCCUUCCUGGCGCAAAACUAAGUACUUAAAUAGAUUAUAUUUUAUUUAAUUUUUAUAUUCAGUACAGGCCAAAGCUCAAGAACAUGUAUGAUAAAACAAUUAAUGAUUUUAAACAGACAGAAACAUUUUUUUUUGACAAUUAAAUAUAUCAAAAUGUAUGUAAUAUCCUAAUACACCACUAGGACAUACACAAGUAAUCAAUAAUCAAUAGGUAAAAAUAAAUUACAAAUUGUGUUACUAGUAUAAAAAUUGGUAUCGUGUAUAAUUAGCUAUUUGAUUUAUUUACACAUAAAAAAAUAUGUAUACCUAUGUUACAAAAAUUAUCAUAAUAUAAUAAAGUAAAUACGAACAAAUAAAUAAAAUACCUACUAAAAUACUAUUCAUGAUACGAAUAUAUACUGUUAUGUCACACUUAUUGCUGUUUUACAUCACACAUUAAUAAAUUAAUUUUUCGUAUACCUCCAAUUAUUUUCAAGCUCAAAAUCGCACGAAAUCGCACAUAAAUCUAUUUAUCUUAAUUUAAAAUUAAAAAAAAAAAAUUAAUAAUAAUAUUGUCAUUUUUGGCUAUAAAAAAAAAAAAAAAAUACAUAAUCAACAAAUUAUUCUAAAACUAAUAAUAGUAAUACACAAUAAUACUAUAAUAAAAAUAAAAAUCUAAUAUUGGAAUUAUUUACCUCUAAAAUUUAAAUUUCGCAGACUACAUUACCCUGUAUUAGUAAUAUUAUAUUUAUAAUAUUUAAAUUCCAUAAACGAAUGUUACAGUGAAUUUGAUUAAAUAUACCUAAUUAAAAUUAAUAAACAAUUAUAGACCUGUGUAUUAUUGCCAAGGUUGUUACAGAUAAUAGAUAUACAUAUAAAUAUUACACAAUAAUAUGUUAUUAACAAAUAUAACAUUCUUUGAUAUUAAAAUAUAAUAUUAGGUAGAUUGUUUAAAAUUAAUAUUUAGUACAAUAUUAUAACUUAUAAAUGAAUGGUCAAAAAUAGAAAUAUUAAUCAUUGAAAAAACAAUAAAAUUAUGUUUAAUGUGUACAAUGUACAUUAGAAUAAAAUGGAUGAUUGUUAAUAAAAAUUAUACAGAAAAAUAUCAAAGAAUUUUGACAUAUCAAAAUUAAACACAAUAGAGUACAAUAGAUGACAGAGAUUUUGAUUAUUAAAUGUAUAAAAAAUAAAUAUAUAUAUAUUUAUAUAUCUGAUAUUAUAAAUGAUUAGCACUAAAAUUAAAAUAAUAUUAAGAUCAAUAAUGUCAAUGGGUGCACACAUAUUUGUAUCAAUUCAAUGUAAAGGCUUCACCUUAUGUUACAAUAAUAUAAUAUACCUCUGAUAAAACAAAUUAGAAAAUAUCUCUACAUAAGAAAUGUCUAAAAAUAAAUUUUUGUUUUUUUAAAGAUAUGCGUAUAUAAAAGAAACGAAAAAUAAAAAUUCUUAACUAGACUAGAUUGCUUGGAGACUAGAAAUUAACUUUCAAAAAUAUAAAAUCGCUGAUGAAUAAAAAUAAUAAUAAUAAAUAAAUAAUUACGGCAAUUAACCACAAACCCCAAAAACGAGAUACUAACAUGAAAGUCAAAUUUAUUCUAUAGGUAACAAUAAUAAUGGGUAAAAUAAAAAAUAAAAUUUACAUUUAACUACCUACGAUUGUCAUAUAAGACUGCAGCAGUACCUAUUACUGCUACAUUAAUUUUAAUUAUAUAAAAAAAUAAAACUCAAUAUAGCAACAGUAUUUCAACUAUCACAUAUUAUUAUAGUUAUAUUUAUCGAAAAAUAUAUGAUUUUUAUUGCUUGAAAUGUAUCGGACGGUCAUUCACUGGAUCCGGAAAUAAUAUAAAGAAAUGUGAGGAAUAUUUAAAUAUUAAAAAAUAAAUACCACCAAUGUACUAUAUGUACCUUAAUUAAAUCACUGAGUUAUAUUAUAUGCUACUGGAAUUAUAAAAAUAUAAUUAAUAAUAUAAUAUAUUAAAAUUCUUUUUUUUUCCUAUCACUUAUUAUCAUUACAACUAUAAAAUAUAUUGGUGUUAUCACAUAAAAUGGAAGAAAAAAAUAACCAUAGACAUAUUAAAAAAUUGACUGCAUGUUUACCAUACCUUGCCUAAGAUUCGCCACUCUAAUCAUUGAGUGAGAGACUAUCCACAAAUUUGCCAGAGCAAAGGGGUGUAAAUUAUUUCUUAAAAAGUAGACUACUGUGGUUUUAAAAAAUUAGUUGUACUAAAAUCAUUUAAAAAUGUGUCACACCAGUUUCAUUUUUAACCCCAAAUUGUGGAAAAUAUAAUAAAAUAAUUUAAUUUCCACUCAUGAUAUGAAUUAUUUUAAUUUAUAAGAGUGGUAAAUAAGAGUUUAAGUAUUAAAUUAAUAUAAAAAUAAAAAUGGUAAAUAAAUGUAGCAUUCAAGGAAGUCCACCUAAAAGUGUUUCAUUACAUAAAUUAGUUACUCCAAAUUAAUAUUAUUAAUUAAUUUAAAAUAUUUUGUCUGUACUACUGGAUUAUUUUUGGUACUCCUCAAAGUGAAGAACUUAGUAUAUUGUGGCUCCAUGAUUUCAGAAUAUUGGACAUCGAUUUUAAAAACUGAAAGUAUUCUACAAUUUGUAUUUUGAAUUUUUGGGAAAAUGACUAUACUUUGAGCCUAGUAAACAACAAAAAAAUACCAAAGAAAUAUGUUGUUCCUCUGGAUUGGGUUGAUGUUUGGUUGUAAAUCUUGGAAUCAAAUAUUUUUAUUUAAUUAUAAAUAUUAUGUUGAAUUUUGAAUACUUAUAUUUUUUUUACAUUUUCGACAAGAAACAUCACUCAAAGCUAAAAAUGAGUUGUUUAGAUGACGAUUGCAUUAUGACACACAUAAUCCAGCAAGUUCCACUAAUUUUAGUACGUUAAAUGUUAUUAUUAAUUAAUAAAUGCAUAAAUUAAAGUAAUUUCUUGGAAAAAUUAGUGAUUGGUACUGUUUUUUUCUAUAUUGGGGUAAAUUGUAGUUAUCUCUCUAACUUAAUAAUCAAACUGGUUUUCUCUCUCAAGGCACAUUCCAUUUCUUAAUAUGUCUAUGAGACCAACACACUGACUGUGAAUCAUCGUUCAAUAAGAAUUAUUCUAUUCAAUCAAUCUAUCAAUCCAUCUAUCUACCUACCUACCUACCUAUCUACUAUUUGAAAUCAAAAUAAUGAAUGCAGACAUGUUGAAUGUUUGAAACAUACCUACACAGUCAUAUCACAGUUAAACGGUCUUCAGCGACUCUUAUUAUAAAUACUUAUUUAUUAAUUCUGGAGAAACACCUCACGCCAUAUGACAACACAGUGUAUUAUUUAACUACUGGAUCGUCUUCACUAUAUUCUUCUUCAUCUUCAGAGUUUUCCAAUAAGAUUGGCAGCGUGGGAACAGUUUUAUAUUUAAUUCUUUUCGGAUCAAAUGGAUCCACUACCACAUGCUCUGUGCCUUUAAUUUCGGCCCGACAAUACGGACAACCUUGACCAUCAGACUCC